AUGGCGCACAAUGAAGACUUGCUGCAAUCUGCUAUUAAUGGGCAAACACCGGAAGGGGGUAGGAGGCGCGAAGGUUUACCUUCUAUCCCACCCAUGGCAGAAUUAGAUCCCCAGCGAAGGAAUCUGCAGAGAGAAGCAAGAGAAAAACAGGGCUCAAGUCCACACCGCUCUCAAAGCCCUGAUAGACAGAUGCAGAAGAUGGAUCCUCAGGUUCUUGAAGAUUGCGUAAGGGAGCAAGACGAAGUAAUAAGAAGAAUGACGACUGACAUAGAGUCUAUGAAGAGCCAGAUAAAAGACAAAAGGGAGAAAAAGAAGUCGGAGACAGAGGAGGAGGAUUCGAAGCAGAGAAAGUCGAAGAAGACGAAGACAGAGAAGAAAGAUUUGAAGAAAAAGAAGAGCAGUGAAGAAGAAAGACGAGUUAAAAGGCGGACUUCUCAGGAUGAUGAUGAUGAUGGUUCUGAGUUGGAGGAAGAACAAUUGCGUGACCAAAGAGCGGGAUGCAGCAGCAACAAGGAAGCUAGCUGA